GCUAAUAAAUUCACUUGCGAUCGCUGCAGCGGAAUAAAACCCACACUGUGAACCCAAGGCGAGAGCGGACACGCAGCACAUGCCGUCCCCACGCACAUCGACCGUUUCCGGCAAGCACCGCUGCACCAUAUGCAACAAGACGUACUCGACCAAUAGCCAUCUGCGUCGCCAUGAGGCCACACAUUAUGGCAGACAGGACUUGACAUGUCCCUCGUGCCAGGCGCAAUUUUCAAGGAGAGACCUCGCUCGGCGUCACAUGCAGAACUGUUCUGCCCGGGACCAUGAAAUCAUCCUGCCUACCCUAAAGCGUGGUAGAAAGCGCCACUCCUGCGACAGGUGUUCAAAGCGGAAGUUGUCAUGCGAUACCAAGAUGCCGUGUGCACGCUGCCGCUCUAGUGGCGCGGUAUGUACCUAUGAACGAGUAGACCAUGCCUCUUCACCUGCCACCCCACGCUCCGACGUCGAUGCGCGCUCUAGCCACAGCCAGGCCGCUGAUGCAGGGCCUAUUUCCAACGGGCAGCGUGGAGGCAUCUCUAUUGAAUUUCUUCUCAACUUCACGAACCCAUCAGGCUACCGUCCAUCCGCAGUAAUCGCCGCUGAAGCUGCCGAGCUCGAUGAUGUAGACGGUGAAGCGCGCGCUCAACUAGAUCCGACAGACCAGCAAAUGGCCAAUGACCAAAUGUUCUUCGAUUUCGCCGAUGUUCCUUCGGUCUUCUUCGGCUUUCCGUUCCUCAUGGAAAGGGAUGCUGAGUACCCAUCUCCAAUGAUAAGCGAUAGUCUAACGCCUGAGCUCGAGGAUGCCUACGCGCUGGAAGUUCGUAUCAGAGAACUGAUACACGAACUCUCCGCUCAAUAUAGCUCCAUGCUGGAACGCAAUGAUGCCAUCCAAAUGGCUUUUGACCUCCAGUUCGCAGAGUCAGUCUUCACGGUAGGAAACGUAAGACACUUUGUUUGGGCUUUCUUUCGCUAUUUUCACUUCUCAUUUCCCAUCUUGCACAAGCCAACGUUCGACUUGCAGACGGCAUCACUUCCUCUCUUGCUCACACUUAUUCUGUUCGGCUCCAUGUCUUCCAACGACUCGGAUUCUUCCAUCGCAGUACGACGGUUCUCAUAUAUUGCGGAGGCUUACAUUUUUGACAAGCUGAUUUCGCAGCAAAAAUUGCAGACGCCUCAAUCAGCAUUCGUUAAUAACGAGGAGCUUGAACUAAUACAGGCGAGCCUUUUGUUCCUGGUCUUUUUGAACAACGUCAACGACCUCGCUACACGACGGCGAAUUCGACUCCAGAGGAUGCCGUCAGUAAAUGCCGCUGUGCGAGCAUCAGGCUUGUUCGCACAUCGACGAAGACCCUUUAUCACAGCCCAAGGUACAUAUGAUUGGCGGGGUUUCAUUGCCGAUGAGAUGCGAUUAAGAGUGGGGAUGUGGACUUGCAUAUUCGAGACCACUAUAUCAAUCUUCUUCAACACCCCACCACAGAUUGCUACAGCUGAGAUGACUGGUAGUAUGCCAUGUGAUGAGGAUCUAUUCAGAGCCGAAUCAGCCGCGGACUUUGAGCGGGUUGCCUCACUUGGACGGCCAAACCAACAGGCUUAUACAUUACCCGAACUCAUGUCACGCCUUCUCCUCGCACCUCCUGAGGAGAACGAAAACAAGGAGAACCAUGUCUCAGCAACAGUAAUGUUAAUACUCAUUUGCGCGUUAAUGUCUGCCAUCAUGUCUGCCAGAAUGAAUCUUCUAGCUUCUAUGACUACAGAGCCUAUGCUUCGCGCGACCGAUCGAUGGAAGCGUCUGUGGGACUCUAUGAGCCACGACAGCGAAGGUAGAUUGUUGCCACACAUCGGGUUUGAGAAGCACGCUGCAGAAUACUGGUGGCUCACAAGGACGAUGUUGAGGGUCAUACAAUCAGGAGACCAGAGCUGUCGGUAUCUACAGCUUGUCCCUUGUGACUCGGGGCAAAUCUUGCAUGAUUUUAUUCGCAAAUACAAAGACUUUGCAGGAUAG